CCCAGAUCUAACACAAAUUUGUAUUUAAAACAAUGUCGAAAAAAACUCGCGGGCCGAACUUUACCGUAAUUGAGAAAGACAUUCUUAUAAAUUUAAUAACUAAAUAUAAGGAUGUGGUGGAGAACAAAAAGACUGAUUACUGAUAAUGAGACCAAUGCCAAGAAAAACAAAGUAUGGAGGAAAAUAAGCGACGAGUUUAAUUUAAAAAACUCUAGCUGUGUCCGAAACACGGGACAAUUAAAGACACUGUGGGAAAACAUAAAAAGAACCACAAGAAAAGAUAAGGCAAAAACUAAGAAAGAAAUACGCCUAACAACAGGAAGAGGCGGGACAAAUCCAUUCCAAGGCCAGGUAGAAAUAAUACUUGGGACAACACUAAGUGGAAUCGAGAAUCCAUUAGAUAGUGAUGCAAACUUGGUUUUAAAGAAAGUUUUAGCAAAUGAAGUAGAAGUAUCAGAAAAUGAAUCAUAUCAAUCAGAGAUCUCAAACACCAAGACUUCCGUAGUAGACCAAUGCUUCAUAGGAGCAGAGAAUGAAUCUGGUCAAUCACAGAUGUAUCAAGACAACAUAACAAGAGAAUAUGAAUGCAUGACAAAUGUGUCUGAUGGAUUAGUAAAUAAUAAAGAACACAGUCCUACAUGGUUGCAAAAAAGAAGACCAAAAUAUACUGAUCUACAAUAUAAGAUACUAGAACAUAAACUAGAAUUGGCUAAGUUAUUACAAAAAAAUGCUGAAUCAGAGGGGAAGAUGAAAUAUAAAAUUCAGGAGGAGCAAUUAAAACAAGAAAAAAUCAACACAAAAAUUUUAGAGCUAAAACUGAAAGCAGCACAGUAUGAAUUAUUAAAUAAGAAUAAUUAAUAAUUUAUGCUGCAUCAUCUUCUAGUCUGAUCAAUAUUUUUUUUAUAAUAGCAUAAAUUUUGAAAUACUUAGGGACAUUUUAUACAUUUAGUUAAGUAAAUUAGGUACAUAAAAACAUUAAAAACCAGCCAACACAUAAUAUUAUGUAAUUACAAAGUUCUACAUCAGGUUCAUCCUCAGGUAAAUAGUCCUGGGCCUUUAUCAGGAUAUUAUGUAAAACUGCUGU